AUGUCUUUUCAAGACAAAUCGGCUGCCUUCCGUGGUUGGCUCGACAAGAAUGACGUUUCUGUAUCUGGAAAGAUUGAUAUUGUAGACUUGAGGGACGAUGGCCAAGGCAGGGCUGUAGUGGCUACCCAGGAUAUCGAUGAAGAUGAGCUACUCUUCAAGAUUCCAAAACUGCUGUACUUCAGCAUUUAUAACAGCUCGCUAGUGCAAGAACACCCGGAGCUUCGUGACAAAUUGUUGUCCUUGGGGCUGUGGGAAGCACUAACAUUGGCAAUUGUGUACGAAUGGAAGGUCAAGAAGGACAAGAGUCGCUGGGUCGGUUACUUCGAUAUUCUUCCGUUCAUGGACACUGACAACUACACCUUCAAUCAGCUUAUAUUCUGGAACGAAGAAGAAACUGCCAAGCUUGCGCCAUCCUUGGUUUUGAAAAGAAUUGGAAAAGACUCUGCCCGAAAAAUGUACAAAGAUAUAUUUGGAGGAAACAACCUUGGAAUCGAGGAAUUCAAUGAUGUGAGUUUGGAGGAGUUUGAUCAAGUUGCGCUGACGAUCAUGUCAUAUUCAUUCAACGUGGAGACACUCAAGGAAGAGGCAGAAGAGGCCGAGGAGGAGCAAAAGGAAGACGAAGAGGAAGAGGAGGAUAAGGAAGGCGAUGAGACAUUCUACCAAUGCAUGGUACCAUUGGCAGAUAUGUUGAAUGCAGAUUCACACAAGAAUAAUGCCCGCUUGAUGUACGAAUCUCAAAACCUCGAGAUGAGAGCAACUAAACCAAUCAAGAAAGGUGACCAGGUGUACAACAUUUACUCUAAUCACUGCAAUUCAGAGCUUUUGCGUAGGUACGGAUACGUGGAGCCUGAAGGGUCCGAUCAGGAUUUUGGCGUGGUUCCUUUGCAGACCAUCAAGAAAUACUUUGCUGAGAAUACCUCGCUAUCUCUGGAAACGGUCGAAGAUGUCGUCACGGUGUUGAAGAUGAUCGAGCAGGAGGAAGAAGAAGAAAUUAUCCCUGACGACUUUGCUAUUUAUGUGGAAGGCGAAAUCGAGUUCCAAUUCACUUUCGUGGUUCAACUUUUCAUCGUGGUUGCUGGAAUUAAUGAUCAGAGAUCAUUCAACUCUGCAUCUUUGGAAGUUAAAGCCAGAGGCUUGAGAAGAGUCUACAAAAAAUGCUACCAGCUUCUCCAGUCUUUUAAGGUGACGGAGUCCUUUGCCAGAAUUUAUAAGAGAAUCAUUCAGUUGAGAAUGGCAGAAUAUCCUAAGAAGGCAACCCAGGAAUUUGAGAAGAGGGAGGGAGACCUUUCUCGAGAAGAGAUGGCCAACAUAGUGUUGAAAUCGGAGUACAAAGCAUUGAAAAACGGUCUAGACUUUGAUAAAGUUUACAAAAACAGGGAAGAGGGAUACGACGUUGUGGAUGAUGAAAAGUUGUUAAAAAACAUUUUGAAGAAAGACAUCUUUGAAGGUAGGGACGACAAAGCUUACAAAAAACAAAAGCUAAACUAA